GCUGGGGAAGGGGGCGGAGCCGCAGAGGGAGAGAGGCAGGUGAGGCUGAGUCGGGGAAGGCGGCGAAGUAGUUGCGUUCUCCUCCUCGGCGGCGCGCAGGUGCCUCUCUUUGCUUUGCUCUCUUCUCCUUCCGAGGGGGUGAGGAGGGUCCCGAUGGGAGCGGGCUCCGUCCUCGAGGAGAGGGCUUGAAGGGCGCGGGGCUGCCCGGGGCGAGGAUGGCCCUGGAGCUGAGCCAAGCCGAGCUGCUGGACUUCCUGUGCCAGUCGGGCGGGCGAGUGGCCAACGCGGCGUUGGUGGCCCACUUCAGGCGCUUCCUGCGGGACCCCCAGGCCGGCCCCGAGGAGCUGCAGCGCCGCCGGGACCAGUUCAAGGGCUUCGUCAACUCCGUGGCCACCGUCAAGACCGAGGGGCCCGGCCCCGCCGCCAAGUACGUGGUGCUCAGGAAGCGGUACCGGGAGCUGGUGGGGGAAGAGGGCAAGGCGCCUCCCCCCUCCUCCUCCUCGCCUUCCUCCUCCCCAGCCUUGAAGCCCAGGGCAGUCCCGCCCGACCGUUGCCGCAGGGCUGCUGCUCUCCAUCAGCAAGGAGGGGGGGAGCUCACCUGCAGAGCCUCCUCUGCACCGCUCAAGGGCUGCCAGGCCAACAAGGAGGGGCCUUUGCCCACCAGGCUGCUGCCCUGUGUUGACCCUCCAGCUCCUCAGCCAUUCAGAGAGAUCAAUGGGGGCUUCCAAGAGGUUCCUCUGGGUCUCCGCGUCUCCAAAGGACUCCCCUUGCCCGUCAGGGGAAUGGGACAAGGUGGCACCCAGCAAAGGAUUCAGGACUGGGUGGCCACUCAUCAUUCUCCCACCGAAACCAACCCCUGCCCAACUCUGGAAUCCACCACCUUCUCCGUCAGGGAAAUGGGUGCUCCACCAAGCCAAGGUGGCCUCACCCAGCAAAGGAUUCAGGACUCCGUAGCCACCCAUCAUUCUCCCACCGAAACCAACUCCUGCCCAAUUCUGGACUCCACCGCCUUUCCCAUCAGGGCAAUGGGAGCUCCACCAAGCCAAGGUGGCCUCACCCAGCAAAGGAUUCAGGACUGGGUGAAGACCCAUCACUCUUCCAUUGAAAACUACCCAACUCUGGACCCCACCACCUUCCCCAUCAAGGAAAUGGGAGCUCCACCAAGCCAAGGAGGCAUCACCCAGCAAAGGAUUCAGGACUGGGUGACGACCCAUCACUCUCCCACUGAAACCAACCCCUGCCCAACUCUGGACCCCUCCGCCUUCCCCAUCAAGGAAAUGGGUGCUCCUCCAAGCCAAGGAGGCACCACCCAGCAAAGGAUUCAGAACUGGGUGACGACCCAUCAUUCUCCCACUGAAACCAACCCCUGCCCGACUCUGGACUCCACUGCCUUCCCCAUCAGGGAAAUGGGUGCUCCACCAAGCCAGCAAAGGAUUCAGGACUGGGUAGCCACUCAUCACUCUCCCACUGAAACCAACUCCUGCCCGACUCUGGACCCCACAACCAUCCCCACCAGGGAAAGUGGUGCUCCAUCAAGCCAAGGUGGCAUCACCCAACAAAGGAUUCGGGACUGGAUGGCUACACAUUCUGACUCGGAUAACGAUUCCUGUCCAACUUCUGGACUUUCCGGACUCCAUCGUGGCUCUCGAGACCCCCUGCCUGUCUUCCGCAGCAUCCGGUGCCAACUCUCUCUGCAGGAUCUGGAGGACUUCAUUGAGAAGGGGAGCUCCGCCAGCGAAGAAGGCAGCAGUGCCAGUGGAGGGAGCGAUUCCCACCGGGCAGAAGGGGAUGCCGGCUUCAGUCUCCCACGUUUGGGAGUUCGGAGCAGGACAGAGGGCACUGGCAAAACUCAGCCAAAGGGGUUGAACACCAAACCGUACACCAAUGGACCAAGAGGGAUGCCACCUCCUGCCAAGCAGAAUGGCACAAUCCCCGGGCACCUUGUGUCGGUCCCUCAGGCCGCUGGCAGAGGCAACAAACUAAGGGGAAAAGAGGCUGAGCGGGCAAAUACAGAUUUGCCCAAAGCAAAAAAAGUAGCCAGGGCUCCUCCACCUCCAAAUCUUGAUGCCUCGCUUAGUCCACAACAGGUGUCAAUGCAAAACCGUGCAGGUAGUAAACCAAAUUUGGAAGGACUAGCCCCAGACACAGAUGGGUCAACAGAGCACAGGUCCUCCAUGGUACCGCUAGAGCCCCGAGAGCAUGCUUGGUUGGUGAAGGUAGCCACAGGGUCCUGGAUGCAAGCCCGGGCUCUUCUCCUCGAAGACCCCUAUCUUGCCACCCGUAAGGACUUCAUUUCAGGCUAUACAGUGCUCCAUUGGCUGGCCAAACACGGGAAUGUCCAGGUGUUGCUGGAUGUUGUCACCGGUGCCAAGAAAGCCGGAGUGCCUCUAGAUGUGAACGUCAAGUCCGGCUGUGGCUACACACCAUUGCACUUGGCGGCCAUGCACGGACAUCAGCUGGUCAUCAAGGUCCUGGUGCAGAAGCUGCAGUGCCACGUCCAGGUGCGGGAUGGCAGUGGUAAGAGGCCCUGGCAGUACCUGAGCAGUGCCACUUCGGGGGAAGUUUGGCAACUUUUGGGGGCACCUCGGGGCAAAACCAUCUUCCCAGCCCGUCCUAUUACCAGGCCUAACAACAACUCUCCGGCCAGAAAGGGCAAGAGUCCAGAGCUGGGCAGAAAAAUUAGCCGAACUGCUUCCUUGGCAGCUUACUUGAAACCUCAACACAUCAAGUGGAAAAUGGGAAACAAAUGCCCUCCUUUGCACGAGAGGGAGGAAUACAGUGACUAAAACCGCUGGGAUCUUUGCCGGACGUAGAAUCAAAACUUGGGACCUUUUGUGGCCCACGUGCACUGUGUAGGAUCUAGAAGAAAAAGCACUUUAUUCCCCUUUUCCUUUAUUUAUUCCAGUUGGGUAUAGUGUUUGGGCGAAACACUUAUAAUUUUAGAUACUUCUGUCAUAAGGAGUGCCUGGCUCAUGGGGGCCUGUCAAGGCAUCUACUGUUAAGUUUUGUUGAUUUGGGAGUGUCGAUGUCCCAUAGAUGUGAACCAAGCAAUCCUCUUCCAUUUCCAGGAUGGUUUUGGACAAAUUCAUUCUGUUUCUUCCUAGGAAAGAAAACAAAAUUGCCUUGUUUGGAAAUCUGGUAUUUGGAGAGCAAACAAGGGCUUGAAUAUCCCAAAUCCAUUUCAGUCCCCUGUUGGAAUGGGUAUGUCUCUAUGCAAGAGGGUUUCUUUUUCUAUUGUAAGUGAUUUGGGAAAGAGGGAUGGGAGGUUACUGCUUAAAAACCAGGAUUAUAACUCCCAUUUAGGGAGUAAAGGUGGCCAUAUGUUCAAAUACGGGGUGCCAUGUACACUGUAAUUUGCCAGAUGCGAUUAUUUAUCUGCUUUUCGAAACACCUGAGGGGAGGAAGAUCUUGACAGACAGACAGAGGAAUUUUAAUUAACUGGAGAAUUACCUCAUUGCUGAGGAGUUUUAAAGUAAUCUUAAAAAAGCAAACGGUUUUGCUAUGGAGUGGGUGGGUUACAAGAUGCUAUCUCAGAUCAAAGGAGUGAAUGAACCGUACCCGUCUCCCACAACACAAGGCGAGACUUCACAGCAAAUACCUGUGGAGCUUUUUUUCUAUUUUUUUAAAGCCUGAUAAUAAAUUGUAUUGCUGCUAA